AGUUUUCCCGCUUCGAAAACGGAUAGAUCUGAGCUGUUGUGUACUGUUACCAAGGCACAGUAAAGAUAUUUUCUGGUGGCAACUCUACUAAACUCUGCCUGAGAGCUUCGGCGAUCCGCCGGCGGCCUCAAAUUCACACCGCACUUUUCGAGCUCAGCCGCUAAUUCCUGAAACCGCAGAAACUCAGAUUUAAUCUGGUCUGGUCGUCGUGAUCGAGCCGAGAGCUUUCUUGGCCAUUACAUGCCCAAGAUAUGAAACCAAAGGAAACUGGACAAACGCUUAACAACCUGCCCAAAAAAAAGCUUCAAGAAUUAUGCAAGAAAUACGGUUUGUCUCCUUAUAAGGCAAAACCUUUUCUUGUGGAUUCCUUGAUUUCAUUCUUUAAGGCAACAGAUGUUGAAACUUUUGAGGCCAUUCAGUACUCAUUGGAAAACAAUCAAAGUUCUUCCUACGUACACAACAAGAGAGGGAAGGCAUCUGCUUCCCCAUUCAUUCCUCAAACCGACAGGAUUGCAUUCAAAGAUACUGUUCAUACCACACAAGCAAGUUCUUCUAAAACCACAUUUGUAUCUGGGGUCAAGUCAGUACAUGCUCCUUUUGAGUUUUCGGUCAUGUCAGAAGAAGGAGUCAACCUUAUUGUUGAUUUGAACUCAUGUGUAUCAGACUGGUUUAAGAGAUUGGAAAAUGAGGUGUGCAUAUGUAAAAGUUUGCAGAAGCAAAAAUUUCAGAGUUUUCGUCAGGAGCUUCAAAACCUGGGAAAUAAACAACUGACAAAUUCAUUUACCAGGGAAACAGAUUCAGACUGUAGGAAUCAGAGCUUUGUACAUACUGUCUCUUCCCCAAUUUUAUGUAGUGAAGCGAAUGGUGUAUCCGGUAAUCAAGAUAAAGGUGAUAGAUUGUUGGAAUCCUCUGCAACAAAAUCUGGUUACCAUUCUGAAAAGCAUUCUGCAUGUAUGGGAGAAAAAGAGGAGCCUCCACCAUUUUCUAGACACUCUUCCAAUUUACGUAAUGAGAUUGUCUCUGAUACUUACUUGAGAGAGGAGACGGGAAGUACAGAUCCAAAUGCUUCCUAUGCCUCUGAGGGUAUUGUGGAAACUAAUGCCACCUGUAUGGCACUAUGUGGACCAGAAGAAAUAUUGGAGGACCAGGAUGCAAAAUUUCAUAAUGCUUUAACAUCUGGUGGGCAAAAAACAAGUAGUUUCAUAGAAGAUGUAGUUGUGGUUAAACCAGAAGGAAAAUUGGAGAAUCAGAAUGUAAAGCUUGGUAAUGAAAACAGCACAGAUAUAGACACACAGAGUACUUGUAGCCUUGACAAGCCCAUGGUACUUCUAGAUGUUCCUUCAGCAAACGAUACCACAGAGGCAUGGUUUUCAGAUGCCAAAUUUCACGAGAAGUAUGCAUCAUGCUCGUCAGUGCAUGAUUGCUCCAUGGAUUUGGUUGAUGUUGCAGAUAGCAUCAAACCAGGUGGAUAUUCAGAUUCAUGUGAGGAUGACCAUAGUUCUUUUGUGGAUAACAAGCCUAAAUCAGGAGGGGGAAAUGACAUCUUAUCUUGCCGCACACAUCUAAAUGACAGGCAUCUGAAGGGGAAAGAAUCUUCAGACAAAUUGUUGAAACGAUUAGAGUUUGCAUCUGAUGGAAAACAAAGGAGAAAGAGAAGUAAUGGUGAAUCUGAUAAGGGUUUUAGCUGCAACGAAGGAAGAAAUUUAAGAAGUGCAAAGCGUCUUCAAGUUCUUCCUAGAAGAUCCAUGCGGCUAUUUUCUAAGUGAGGAGAACCACAUCUUAUUCUGUAUUAAAUUUGUGGACAGUGACUUGUGACACUGAAGUUUAGAGGCAUUAGAAAUCCUGGUCAAUGUUACAGAACAUUGUUGAUGUUGCUGCACAAAUACAUGUGUUAGGUUGCCAUUCUAAAACUUGAUUCAGAAAAAGCAUUAAUAUCAAUCAAGCUCAGCCGCUCAGGUCUGCUCCAGAAUGCCUUGUAGCCCCCCCUCAUAAACUACUAGACAUUUGAUAACCUUGUUCUCAUUAUUUGUUUACCAGAUUGUCCUUUUUCUCUUUUUAUUUCCUAUUCAUAUUUGUAUAGAUUAAAUCACUCCUUACAAUUCCCCUCUAAAACUUCCAGGCAGAUUUGGUUGGAACAAUAGGCAUUUAUCUUGUUCAAGAAUUAACUUAGGGUGUGUUUGGUUGACACAUUUAGCUAUUAGGAAUGGGUAUCAAAGUCAUUGGUAUUUGUUUGGUUGAUAGGUUUUUAGAACAUUACUAUGGUUUUGAUUACCCCUUAAUUGCAAAACUCAUUCCUUAAUAAAAUAAGUGUUUCAUCCAUUUCUU